GAUCUGAAAGUAGCUGGACAAAGCGUGUAGGAGUUUCUGAGAGGCCCCUGCUGUGUGUUUGGGGGGGGUGGAUAAAGAGAGGGAGAGCUGAUGGAAAGAAAGCAGCCUGCAGUUGUGUGAGGAAAGGCUUUUGGCUCAUCGUCAUCCACUGCACAGCUCCAACCUGGACACCAAAGCCAGCAUAUCAGGAACAACCUCCUACAGGACUUGCUGACCUUCCCUGGGAAUUGUUGCAAGUCCCGAAGCAGCCAGGCCAUCUCCACUUGUAGCCAAGCCAAGUCUAGAUGGAGGAUUCAAAGUGUGCUUUUAAUUCUUGGAAGGCUCUUUUCUUUUAAACUAGAGCACCAGGACAACGCAUCGAAGGAAUGCAAUAUAAUUUCUGGGCUUAACUGCAGGAUGGCAAUAGUGCUGCCAUGUCAACUGAGGACAACGGAUGACAGCGGCUGGGGAAGGGAGGUGAUGAGGAACAAAAAGGAUUUGUAAGGUAUAACUUGGUGGGUGUGAGCAUCUGUGCAAAGCAGGACUCCCUUAAUCUAAACUCCCGAGCUGAUGAAAAGUCAACAAACAGCAUUAGAAGUUGUCUUCCCCCCUUUGUGGGGGAGAUAACAAUUUCUCCGCAUUUUUUUGAAGUAAAUGGAGCAGUCAAGCUGGAUCACAGCUUCCUCUCUUGUUGCUUUUGUGAGCUGAACAGGGUCAACAGGCUGGAAGGCAGUCUCAGCUAAUUCACUUUGUGCAUAUGUGUGACAUACCGUUUGCCACAUUAGUCCUUCAUGGUGACGCUUCCUUGUUCGAUGGCAGUGACGUGGCAUGCCAGGUGGUGAAAAGACUCUUUGCAAGGAGUGUGCAACUUGUGGCACUGCUGAACGUAUGCCAACACAGCCAUCAUUUUUGUAGAUGAGAAGAAGCCAAAUGGGUCUGGAUAUGAUGAAGUGGCUAUUCUGAGGCACCUGCCAUGCUUUGGGCACAACUUGGUCGUAUUUAUAGUAAACUCGUUGCGACUUGCUUGACUUCCUCCUCUGCCUCUUAUCUCCUGCUUCUGUUAAAAAUGAUUUGAAGCAGAAAGCAAGAUUAAACACAUUUGUUCAGUGGAGGGCUGUAGAAAAUCCACCUGGCAGAAAUUUGAAAAGAGCAAAGUGGCAAAGUACAUUUGUGGCCAACAGGAAGGUAAAAAUUACUGUAAAUCUAAUAGCUUUCUCUACAUGGAUUUCCCGAGAAAUCAAAUUACAGCAAAGUGAUCCUUUGUUUGAUUUCCUCCUUCUGCUUAGUUAACUCAGUGCCAUCCAAUAUAUCGCCCUACCUGAGAAACAGGGCAGGAAACUAGAGAGACCAUUGGUUUGAGGAAGCAAGGCUUUUUGUUUGCAUUGCGAAUUAAGCCAAAAAUACUUUGGAAAUAGUAGCUUGGCAGCAGUGGGGCAGAUCUGAAAAACGCUGGGCAUUGUGUUCCUUUUGCGCUGUCUAGUUUUGCUCACCAUGGGUUUGCACUGCUUCACCACACUAAAUAAGCUCUGGCCUUCCAAAGAAACAGUAGCCAGUAGGCCGCCUGACCACAGGGCUAUCUUCUGCCAUUCCAGUGCCCUCCUCUGUGUGGCCCUACUGCUUUGUAGUCUCUGCACAGGUGAAAUGUCAACAUUUCCAGGGGACAGUCCUGCACCAUCAGCAGCAGCAGCGGAAACAGGAGCUAAGGCGAAGCCGCUCAAGCAGUGGAGCUCUGCUAAAUGCAAGGUAGUAGAUCCUUGGAAAGGCCGAAGCCAGGGGCUGAGGGAAAAGGAAAGGCACCAGGUUUCAGAGGGCGUUGGAGGAAUGAAGCGGGCGACCUUGUUGAUCAGAGCCAGAUGCCAACAGGAGAAGGAAGAGGCCCUGACAGUCCUGUGCCCAGCAAAGUGUGCCUGCACAGUCACAGCGGUGAACUGCUCUCAUCUGGGGUUGCUGGAAAUCCCAACAGAAGAUCCCUGCUCACUGAACAAAACAGUCCUUGAUCUUUCACAUAACCGCCUGAGUAUAGUCCGAAGAGAGGAGCUUGCUGGGUACCCCAACAUCCAAACAUUGGACCUGAGCUUCAACUGCAUCCACACCAUUGAGGAGGGAGCCUUCCACUACCUGGGCAAACUGAGGACUCUCAACCUCAUCUCCAACAGUUUCACAUAUGACUGUUCCUUACGCUGGUUGAUGACGUGGGCACAAGAGAGGCACGUUCUCGUAAGCAACACAGAAUUGCUCCGAUGCGUCCCGGAAGCCACUUCUGGCAGCACCAAACUACUGGAUUUCUUAUCACUGACCCGCACUGUUGAUUUUAUCUCCUGUGUGAAGGACACCCUGACCAGGAGUGAUGCAGUCCUGCACUAUUCUUACCUUUCAACUGGUACCCACACUCAGAAGUCCUGCCUUGAACUCUGCUAUAGCAAAGAGUACACCUAUUACGCCAUGGACUUUUUGGAUCGUUGCCUAUGUGGAUCUCUAGGCAGUGAAGCAGAGGUGGACUGUGGGAAGGUGUGCUCCAAUGAAAUCCAGAGCCAAGUGUGCAAUAAAACUGUCAUCCAUGCUGCAUACCCAAUUCAGGUGAAACUCUCAUUCACCACACGGCAACAGCAUGGGCAACUUGUUGAAUUCACUGCCAAUAUCUCACUGCCUGGCAUUCUGUACAUAUGGGACUUUGGAGAUGGAGGUGAUGGAAGUCUCAGCACCACAAACCCAAGAGUGCUGCAUGCGUAUCUUCCUGGUACCUAUAUGGUGAAGGUUGAGGCCCUGACUGCUGGAAAGAGUCUGUUCCACAGAGCUACUAUUCACGUGGUCUUGCCCGUGAAAGCAGUAAUCCUUAAGUGUCCAAAGGUUGUGGUAAGACACCAGAACAACAUAGACAUCUGGAUCCAUGUUGAAGAAGGUACUGAUCUGUCUGUCAUCUGGAGAAUGAAGGAUCCAGGAGGCCAGGAACUUCUUGAUACUUCCACUUGCCCACAAGGUGGACAAAUCAAUUUGCAGAACUUGAACUGUUACUGGCUUGGUGAGACAAAGGAGACAUGGCAGGAUGCCAGGAAGCUCUGCCAGGGGGUGCCUGGAGGAGACCUGGUCGUGGUGAGGUCCCUGGAGGUACAAAGCUACCUCCAGAAAUCUUUUUCUAACAGUGCUGGCACAGUUUGGAUUGGAUUGCGUGACCUUGGCUCCUCUGGGUCGAUGCGCUGGGUUGACGGGGGCCUCGUAGAUACAUUCCAGAAUUGGAUGUCCUCAGGCCGACCUGAGGGAGGGAAGGAAAUGUGUGUGAAGAUGCUUCUAGUGGAUUCAAAAGGGUACUGGAGAUGUAACCCAUGCUCUGAGAAAUCACCGUUCAUCUGUGAAAAGACAAUUGGAGCUGUGCUUCCAAGCCCAAACUUAUUCCUGACGGGAAUGCCAAGGUUUAGCACUAUCUAUGAAGUGAAGAACGUCAGCACCAGAAAGGCAGCUCCUUUCUUAGGGGGCAGCAAAGUGGAGCUGAUGCUCUUUCCAGGCCUCUGGUUCAGCCACAAUGGAACAGUCGCCUCCCUAGACUUUGCUAUGCAAGCAACAAAUAAGCCAAUCCAGGCCCGUUUCCAGAUUUUCCGCCCAUAUUGCAGUCCCAGUCAACAUUUGAUUCCACCAGGGUGCAAACUGCUUCAUUCACCUUUUGCCUGCUGUCACUCUGAGCCACUCUGCAAUGCCAUGGGUGAAUGCCCAAGUGGGCAACAGUGGUGCCCUUUGAAGGAUCGUUGCCUGAACAUCUCCAGCCCUUGCAGCUCAUAUGCCUUUGAGAACACAACUGCUCACACCCAGCCAUUCCCAUACCCUCCGCGGUACAAAGGGGCUUCGCCAUUCUAUUCCAUAGCAGCUGAUCUUCCUUUAUUGCUCUCCCCCAGCAAUGAAAACACCCACAUUCACGUUCUCCUGCCAGAAGAAGAGAUCUUUGUCCAUCCGGGUGACAUCAUAGGGAUACAGCACAGCACUGAUAGGGGCUUGUUCCUGCAGUGCCAUCCCCACACGGAUUCCCCUUGGCGACAGAGUUACAUCAGCCUCAUGAAGGAGAGCUGGUGGGAAGGAGGUAUCCCUGGGCCGCCCAACCCCACCUGGGUGGACAGCAUGCUUUGUGACCUACGAGUGACCUUUGCGCAAGCAAUGAAGAGCUUGGCAAACCCUCCAAUGCUGGCCCAAAGGCUGGAGUCUGGUACCUACACCUUCACCGCCACGGUGAGAAAUGCUGUCAGCAGCUCACAGGCCAGCUGCUCAGUGCAAGUGCAGUCAAAAGUCAGUGAUUUGCAGCUUAUCUACCCCACACCACUCAGCGGGAAGCUCAACAUACCCACAAAGCAGGAGAUUUUCCUGGUUGUCAAGAUCACCUCUGGUUGCAAGGCUAUGGCUAACUGGAUGUCCCCGGUGGACAUGGCUGGGGUGCCGUUUGUGGCCGCUUGCCCAGCAGGGAUUGUGCUCCGUGUCCCCUCCUGCUACAGAGAGACCACAGACACCUGGUUCUCCUCGGUGAAGCUUGUCAUGGAUAAACCAAGAGAGGAGGAGAUCUUGGACAUCCUUGUUUCCAAUGAGGUCAGUGCCCAGAAGUUGUCUGUGAAGAUCCAGUCACAUGAUGCCAUUGAUGGACUCAGGGUGGUGCCUCCUGGACCAUGCCGGAUGCUAGUGGAUGUGUCACAGGUAUUUACUGCUGAGAUCAGCCAGGGGUCCUCUGUUUCUUACACCUGGGUGAUUGAUAACAUGGACAUGUUUGCCUACAACGGUCAGAGCUACAGUGUCACAUUUAAGAGACCUGCUACAUAUAAGCUAAAGUUGACAGCAAAGAACCCGGUGAGCUUCAAAUCUUUGGAACUGAUGCUGAUAGCUGAACCCAUGAACCCCUUGGCUCACCCUGAAUUGCUGGGACUUCCUGGAAUUGUGGAAGUCAAUGUUCCCCAGACUAUGAUAUUCAGGGUGGAAGUAGACACUGCCGUGGAUGUCAUGGUGAGGUGGAAUUUUGGUGAUGGCAGCCCAGAGGCAGAGACCACCCUGGCUCCUCCUUACGAUGCUCAGCUGCCACAACCAGAUCCACAGACAGAACGAGUUCAAGUGUCAGCAAGGGUGACCCAUGCCUUUAUUCAGCCAGGUGACUACACUGUUAGAGCUGAAGCCCUCAACAAGUAUGAGCAAGUUCACCAAGUGGCCAGAGUCUGUGCUGUCAUUCCCAUAACCCUGGUGACCAUACUGCCCAGUCCAGCUUCUCCGUUGGUUAAAGAGGUUACUCAGUUUGAGGUCUUGGUUUCUCCUUCCCUCUAUGGCAUAUGGUAUUCCUGGAACUUUGGCGAUGGGUCACCUGUACAGGAGGGACCAAAUUCUACUGUGAGCUAUUCCUUUGAAAAGGCUGGGAUUUAUAAUGUGACCCUAAGAGUCAAUAACAAUCUCAGUGGCAUAACAUCAUGGGCAUCAGUGUCUGUCAGGGAAGGAAUUAUGGGCCUGCACAUAGUGUGCAGUGGGCCCAGUGAACUCGGUUCAGUCACAGUUGUCAAUGCCACAGUUACCUCUGGCACAGAUGUCAGGUGGUCUUUCGACAUGGGAGAUGGAUCCAUCUACAGAAAUCUGUCACACGGUGUUGUUUCUCACAUUUUUGCUGCUGAAGGAAAAUACACAAUAACAGUGACAGUUCACAGUGCUGCGGCCUAUACCGAGGCAUCCACCAUAGCCAACAUUUACAAACUGCGUAUUAGCAGCAUCCUGGCUCCUAGUUGUCUCUCCAGUGGGGAGCUGACCCGGUUCCAAGCUUUUGUGACAGGGCCAGUUAAAGGGGUUAUGUUCUGCUGGGAUUUCCAAGAUGGCCGCCCUCCCACUGUUCGUCAUGGAGACUCCACGGUCCUUCACAGCUACAUGGCGGCUGGGAAUUACCAGGUGAAUCUGACUGUCUAUGGCACAAUGAGCAGCGCUUCCCGUCAACUAGCCGUUUGUGUAGAGGACAAAAUCAGCUCAGUUAAGCUAUUGGCUCCAAUGUCUGCUAUAGCCUUAGAGGAACCGCUUUCCUUCUUGGCUGAAGUAGAUCCAGGACCCGACCCUCAGCACCAGUACAGGUACCACUGGGAUUUUGGCAUCGGUGAAGACCCAGUGCCUUCCAAAACUCCAGAAAUCACAUUUGUGUACUUGGAGGCUGGGUUGUAUAUGGUAACUGUGACUGUGUGGAACAUGGUCAGCCAACAAAACGCCUCGGUAAAUAUCACAGCUCAGCAGGCCAUUAAUACCAUCUCCAUUCACCAUAGUGGUGAAACGGGCAUCUUUCUAGCUGUGGGCACUCCCUACGACUUUGUGGCUGAAGUCAGCUGGGACACUACAACCACAUUUCAGUGGGACUUUGGAGACGCCUCACCUCAUCAGGUGGGUCAAAGAGCCCCCCACACCUAUAAGAAAGCAGGAGAUUUUACCAUCGUGGUGGUGGGUGAGAAUCUGGUCAGUCACAGGACAGCGACACUCACCAUGACGGUGCUUACUCCAGUCAAGCUGUUGACUCUACAUGCUGAGCAACCAGUGAGCGAGGCUGGGCAGGAAGUCACCUUCAGAUCUUCUUUAGCUGCAGGGGAUCAUGUUCGCUAUCGCUGGGCUGUUGGUGAAACAACUGGAUUCCAAGAGGGAGCGGCCAUUUUCACUCACACUUUCCCCACUCUUGGCACCUUUGUGGUGUUUGCCGUAGCUGAGAAUGCUGUGAGCAUGGAGAAGGCAAACGCCACCGUAGAGGUCCAGGAAAGAGUCCAAGGGGUGCAAAUCCACAGUGAACAUGUAGUGCAGGACAAGUAUGUGGCCGUUGCGGAAGCCUUCUCUCUCUCCAGCGAGGUUGCUCAGGGCUCCAAUGUCACCUUCCAUUGGGCAGCUUUGAAAGGAAAGCAUCCGCUGUUUACUUCUGAAGGACAGUUGUUCUUAUUCUGCCCCAAUAAAAGUGGGGAGCUCCUGGUGGAGGUGAAGGCUGGGAAUGCACUGGGUGAAGUCACCACCAGCCUUACCCUGAAAGUCUUGGAGAGAGUUCAUGGUGUGAAGGUUCAAUCGGCCGCUGAUAAUGUUGCAGUAGGAAAGCCAGUGAACCUGAACAUUUCUGUGGUGUCGGGAACAGAUCUCCUUUAUCAGUGGAAAGUGCAGGAGGACGCACAGCUGCUGCUUACCACCACACCUUCCCUUUCGCACAUCUAUAACACUCUAGGCUCCAAGCUUGUCUUUGUCACAGUCUACAAUGCCCUGGGAUCCAGCAAUGGCUCCACAGAACUCAGAGUGCAGGAACCUGUUUCUGGGGCAAAUUUCAGCGUGGCAGGAAUCAUGCGGCCCUUCCUCCUGAAGUCAGGCACCUCAGUAGAGCUUCUGGGCAUGGUGGAUGCAGGAUCUGACCUUGCAUGGGAAUGGCAGCUACAGAGGGGGGAAGAGGAGAAGCUGAUCCUCUCCCAUGGGCAGAACAUCUCUCACAGAUUUGAGCAGUUUGGAGACUAUGGAGUGUUUCUGCGGGUCUGGAAUGACAUUAGCGAGAGUACAGCUCUGGGUGCCAUCUCUGUCCAAGACCCUGUGGCUGGACUGGCUGUGACAGUGGACAAGAGGACAGUGUGCACAGAUGACAAGGUUACUUUUACACUGCGUGUGUUGAAGGGCUCGCGAGUGACCUUUGCCCUCUACUUCCCCUCGCUGGGGAUUCACAUGGAUAACCCUGCGGGGAUCUUCCACUUUUCUUUUCCAGUGAAAGGCUAUCACCAGGUGCUGGCAUCUGCUUACAACAAUGUUAGUAAUCAGACAGAUAUUAUCAUGGUGAAGGUCUUAGAGAAGGUGAAGGGGCUGCAUCUCUUAGAUGAUUGCCCGCCCAUUCUGGAAGCCAACAAAGAACUUACACUCCGAGCAGCCGUGCAAGCUGGAGAGAACGUUGCUUUCUCCUGGACAUUUCGGCUCCCUGGGCUGCCCGACUAUAAUGUCACAGGCCAGCAGGUGACAUAUACCCCCUCUGGCAAAGACAAUUUAACCAUUCUGAUUGAGGCCACCAAUGCUUUCUGUGCAGACACUCUCUUGGUGGUAAGAACGUUAGAGGUGCCGGUAGUGACUGUUGACCUGUCCAGCAAUGGCACCAGGACAUUUGUCAAUCAAACCGUGACAUUUGACGUGAUGGCGGUUGGUGGCAGCAACCUUCACAUGGAGUGGAAUUUUGGGGACUCACCCAAAACCUUCACCAGUGAAGGAGAUCAGAGAGUAUUUCAUAAAUAUCACCAAGCUGGUGAUUUCUUAGUAGAAGUGAGAGUCUACAACAACAUCAGUUUUGUCUUGGCCCAGUCAAAAGUAACUGUGCAGCAGCUGCUCUGUGAAAGCCCUACUCUGAAGCUGGUUGAGCCUCUCUCUGUGAUCUCCAAAUCUUACACCACCUACUUUGAGGCUGAUGUGGACUUGAAACAAUGCACAGCCUACCGGGCGUUGUAUCAGUGGGAGAUAUUUCGCAGCUGCAACUGUGAUACGCUGUCCAAGACCGAUGCAGUCUCGUUACCGCAUGUAGAUGUGCUAACCCCUCGCCUUGUGCUCCCCAAGCUCUCCCUGGACGUUGGUCCUCACUGCCUGCUUUUCACUAUCUCUCUGGAGAACACACCCUUGGCCCGGAUGGCUUGCAGCAACUUGACUGUGCUUUCCAGCAAGCUAGUUCCAGUCAUCCAAGGAGGAUCCUGGAGGAGAGGGACAGCCAAAAUGGAUCUGGUUCUAGAUGGAAGCAAGUCAUAUGACCCUGAUGUGGAGAAGGGUGGAAACUCCUCUCUGGCAUACCACUGGGACUGUCAACUGGAGGCACCUAAUGUGUCCACAACUUUAUGUGGCUUCCCUGCUAUGGCAGGCCUGGACAGAGUGAUUGUCCCACACACUGUGCUGAAUCCAGGAGCAACUUACCACUUCAACCUUACUGUGAGGAAGCCUGGUAAAGAUCCUGCUUGGGUGACACAGACGGUUUCGAUCGCAUCUAGCCAGAUCCUGCCUGUGACCCUGGAGUGCCGUUCCUGCAGUGCUUUGUCAAGCUACGAGGUCAGCAGCAGCAUCCAUGUCACGCUGUCUGGACGGUGCGAAAGCUGCGACAAUGGAACGCUGUACAGCUGGAGAGCUCGGAGUUCUGAUGGCCAGCCUUUGACCUUAGACAAUGUGACCACUUCUACUGGGGACUCCAACCGGGACCUGGUGAUCAGGCAGGGAGUCCUGCAGGAUGGAGUGAACUACACUUUCACCGUUUUGGUCACUCAGCCUAGAGGACAGCUGCGGGGAGAAGCCGGCAUCACCCUCACCCCAAACCACCCACCCAGGGGAGGGUUCUGCAUUCUGAGACCAGAAAACAAUAUCUACAUCUUGGAGACACCGGUUAGAUUUCAGUGCAUGGGUUGGAUGGAUGAGGACAGCAGCCCAACGCAGCAGCAGCAGCUGAUCUACACCCUGACUGCCAAAAUGUGCUCCCCUCACAGCAGCCAUUGUUGGCACUCCUGCCUGUAUCGAGGGGUCAAAUCUGCCUUCAGCGUCUUCUUGCCCACAGGCGCUCUUGGCAACCAAUCCAGCGUCAACAUCCUAGUUGAGCUGGAGGACUCACAGGGAGCAAAGACCUUGGCAUUGAACCAAACCCUGACUCUCACCAUGCCUGAACUCCCUUCAGGAUUCAACACCAUAACCAGCUGGUUGAAGAAGAAGAGCCAGUCGGAGCUGUGGGGUGUGGUCCAGCAAGGAAACCCACAGGAGGUGAUUCCGUACUCCUUGGCUCUCAUAAGCCUGCUGAAUCACGACUUUGGAAGAGGGUAUAGCAUGAAGGAGCUGAGGGACCGCAUCUCCAUCCGCAGCAAUGUCACAGCAGCUCUGGCCUCCCUGAAUAUCUCCAGUGUGAAGGAUGUUGCUCAGCUUAGUGCUGCACUGAGGGCUUGUGUGGCAUUCCCAGAAGAGCUCAGCCUUGGAUCUCGUACCCAAAUGCUGGAAGCUGCCAAGAGAAUGAUCCAAGUUAUCCACAGUGAGACAAAAGAAGGUCACGAAACCCCCGCCUCCGCUGGCAACAGCAUCUUGGCAAUCCUGGGAAUAAUGUUAACUACUGAAGACAUGAGACUGCAUUUGGUGGCGAACGACCGCGUGUCGAAGGAGCCAAUCCUCAGGAAUUGGGUCUCCUUGGCUUUCAAUCUCACUCGUGCUCUGAUGAGGUCCUUGAUGAAGUCCCGAGUGCUGAAUGAGGAGACUCUGUCGCUCUCCGUCUCCGAUAUCCACGUUCAGGGGAAAAGGGCGGAUGCCAGCAAUUUGCUGUGCACGACCCCCUCUGCGGAGUGCCUCUUCUCUGUGCCCAGGACGCUUGCCAAACAGCUGGCAGAAAGCCAGGAGGUGGUGCAGGUCACCAUGGACCUUGCCAUCAACCCCUUCCCUUUCAAUUACUACACCAACUCUUCCAUUUCCACCCGCCUUGCGCUUCUGGAGUUCACCACUCCAGCAGGAGCACCGAUCUCAGUUGCCAACCUGCCUAAGGAGAGAGCCAUCAGCCUGCGAUUACCUGCUGGACAGCAGAAGCUGCAAGACUUGCCCCAAACACUAUUGGUCAUCCCACCAGGAGACUCUGUUAACUUCACUGUGAAAGUUGCACCAGGCAGCAACAUGACAGGGACACACAUCCAUGUCAGUUUCACUGUGAUGGAGGGCUUUGGUUUCAGCCAGGAGAAGGUUCCUGCCCUUUAUCUUUACGGACAUAAUGCUCCAUUUCCCAGUGAGUUCCACUACACCUUGAAGGAGGAAAUUGCCUUUUCUAAUGGUCUGGAGGAAAACCGCAGUAGGGAUGUCACCCUCUUAAUUUCUCCUCUUCACCAUCUCAAUGCGACUCAUCAGGAAUACUACAUCAACAUCACCAGUCACUUCUGGCAUUCCCCCGUCCGCGCCAGCGUCUCUGUUUUUGCCAGCCUUUGCCAGUACUUCCAUUUUCCCAGCAUGCAAUGGAGUGCAGAUGGAGUGACCCCAACAGCUGCCACCAGCCCCAAGGAGAUUGUCUGCCUGACGGAGCAUCUCACUGUCUUUGGGGGUAGCCUCUUUGUGCCUCUUCACAGUGUUGUCUUCUUGCCACCGAGGAAGCAUUCCUGGCAGAGUCCCUUGGCACUGAUCACUUGCACCGUCCUUUUCUCCAUUUACCUGGGGAUAGCAUUGAUAUCCCACAAGCUGGACGACAUUGACAUCACUCGGGUAGGGAUCAUCCCUCGGUGUGGUCAGCCUGGACGGUACAAGUACUGGCUGAUAGUGAAGACAGGCUGGAAAAGAGGCUCAGGUACCACAGCCCAUAUAGGGAUCCGAUUAUAUGGGCUGAACAAAAGCGGCUCUCGCCACCUGGACAAGGGCUGGGCCUUCCAGAGAAACAGCCAGGAUAUUUUCCAAAUAGAAACGGAUGCAAGCCUAGGAGAGAUUUGGAAGAUCCACGUCUGGCAUGAUAACACGGGUCUGGACCCCUCUUGGUACCUGCAGCACGUUAUUGUAUGGGACAAGCAGACAGACAAUAUGUACUUCUUCCUAGUGGAGGACUGGCUGUCUGUGGAAAAUGAAAAGAAUGAGGGAAUGGUGGAAAAAGAGGUCCUUGCAGCAUGUCCACAGGAACUGAGAUGCUUUUCCCGAAUUUUCCCUGCACAGAUGCACCUUGGAUUUUCCGACUGGCACAUCUGGCUUUCUGUUUGGAGCCGUCCUCCUAACAGCCGCUUUACCCGGGUACAGAGGCUCACUUGCUGCCUGCUCAUGGUUCAGCUCUUCCUAGCUACGUGCGCCGUCUGGUAUGGUGCAGUUGGAGUUAAGGGCCACAGCUAUCCUGUUGGAAGACAGAUUUCUUUGACUGCAGAGAGCAUGGUGGUUGGAAUAACUGCAGCAGUCGUGGUUUACCCAAUACAACUACUCUUCAGUUUUCUCUUCCGGAAAACACGCAGUAAGAUUGUAAUAGAAGAUCCUGACCCGCCUGCUCAGGACUGCCAGACUGUGGAGAUGGAUGUGUCUCUUGACUGCUCUAACUUGGGUAGCUCCUCCUUCUUAUCUGUCCCUGGAAGAAUGGAGUCCAUUGUGGAUAUGGGUUCUGUGGGCAGUGAAUCCCUCUUUAGUAGAAAACCAGUUUCCAACCAGAAGAACUUCAUAGGCAACGACAGGGCUGCCAAUGAAUGGCCUUCAUGCAACAGCAUCUUUGAUAUUCCUGACCUUUUGAACUCUGACCCCCUGAUGAAUGGAAGUCGGAUUCUCAAGAGGAAGAAGGCAAUGGCAAAGUUGGGAAUUGACUCCAUGUCCAGUUCUGAUGAUGACCCCCUGUCCUUUUCAUUCAGAGAUUCUGAGGACAGUAGGAGGUCGAGCUGUGGCCAUCACUCUGCAGAAGGUUUGCUCAACUGUGCUGUUGACAGAACUCAGGAGAACAUCUCUGACUGUGUCACAUCUGACAGUGGCCGGUUUUCACCUCAAGUUGAAGCAGAUCUCAUCUAUGAUGGAAUGGAAAGUUCUAGUAGUGGCUGGUCCGAUGGGAUUGUGCAGCAUGGAAGCAGCUGGGGCUUACUACGGAAGUCGUUCUCUUACGUCUCUGCUAUGACCAAUAUUGGCAGCGCUUUCUUUUCUGACCUGGAACUUCCUCCUGCUACUGUUUCCUCGCUUUCUACCCGGAUUGGGCUGCCCCGAAGACCUCAGGAAUGGCUCUUCCCUGCCAGGAUGCUCCCAGCUAUCUACAUAGCCAUCUUCUUGCUGCUUGCUGGCUGUUUCUCCAUCAAUAUCUUAUAUGGCUCCUCCUUCCUUGACCACACUGCCUUGAUGUGGCUGAUCUCCUCUGCCUUUGCUUUCGCCACAUCUUUCAUCUUUUUGGAGCCAAUGAAGGUGCUCUUUGGGGCUCUGCAUGCCGCUCUCAUCAGCAAGCCAGUGGAGAGUGAAGCUGAUGGGCUGGUGGAGAAGCCCUUGGUGAAGCAGAUGCCCGAACGAGUUGGGAAGGUGCGCGUGCCCUGUGGUUAUGGGCUGCUGCAGGCCAAGGAAGAGGCCAAGAAAGUCCGAGCUCUCAAAGGGUUGAUGUGGAACUGCCUCACUCAUAUGCUGUUCUUUCUGGUUGUGCUGACCAUCAAUUACCAGAGAUGCUUCCAUGACAAGAACGUCCACCUCCUGCAUGCUGCUGUCAAACAGGCCAUCUCUGUGACAAACGACAAAGGACUGAACUUCACUUCUCUGCGCAGCUACUCCGACACAUUGGAAUGGAUUGACACAGUGCUACUGAAAUACCUUUAUGGCAACACAAAGCUGACAAUAGUAGGAGUGCCUCAGCUGCAGCUACAAAGCUCCACCAGAAGCCAAAUGAUGGAUUUAGGACUUCCCCGGCCUGGAAUUGCAUCUCAGAUAUACCACUUCAGUACUGCCAGCCGCCCCUGUCCUCUGUGCCACUUGUCUGGGUCCAGAUCAGAAGCUCCUAGGGAUACAAAUAAAAACGCAUGCCCUGACGCAACUGAGCACACGUCUAUUAGGUUUUGGAUCUGGGGUCAUGCAGGAUUUUACCAUGCGAAAGAUGGCUGCGCAAAGGAGCUUGGGAACACCUCUGCAGAAGCUCAGAGGAUAUUGCAUGACCUACAAGCAAGCAACUGGGCUCACAAAAGGCAAGCUGCCCAAGACUUUUGUUUUUGUUUGAAACUCAAGUCUUCCCAUAGAAACAAAAUCAUUUCCCUUUUGGGCUUUUGCUCUUGCUUUGCAAGGGAAGGAGGUUGUUAGC